UCCCUUUAUGUAACAUGUGUAAUUUAUUCUUUCAGACAUGGAUCAUACUGGUUAAAUAUGGAUGUUUACUCAAUUAGAGUUUGCUCUAUAUUUGCUGGGUCUUUGAUACUUUAAUUGUAGUACAUUCUUGUUAGGCAAAUCUAGUCACAAAGAUGUGGAAGGCAGCUCUAAUUAGUUUUUCAUGGCUUAUUAUGGAAACCGGAUGUUCAUGGCUUACUGCUGUGCAGCAUGUGAGGUUCUCUAUAUAAUCUUGUUUCUCAUUGCUGAAAAAGAGAUUGAAAAUUUGAUGGAUGUUUUCAUAAAAUCUAUGAAAGAGUGCUCACUUAUCUCUUUCCUACUUGGCUUAAGUUUGUUUGGAUGGGCAAUCAAGCAAAUUGUAAAUAUCAUUCAGGUAGCAACUAAUACCUUUUAUCAUUCUCUUGUAACGUGUGUCAACAUAUCUUUCAGACAAUUGAAAGACUUCUUCACGUUGAUAGAUAUUUAAAUUCUUAUACAUAUCCAAAAUUUUAUCUAGAAACAAAAUGGAGCACAUUAUCCAGAUCUUGGAUCAAAAUUUAAGUGUUUUAAACGAAUUUUAUAGAUUUUUCUAUCGACGCUUAGCCUCCGUUUGUUUUAUGUUAAAUAACUUACAUAUAAAAAAUGUUUUCUAAAAAAAUAUUUUUCGCUAAAAUAUUUUCUGUUGUUUGGUUGUAAUGUUAAAUUAAUGGUAUGUAUUUAUAAUAUAUAUGUAUAUUUUCACAUUUCAAUAAAAUUAUCAAAGUCUAGAAAAAGAGGAAGCCAUUUUCCUUAAAAAUGACUUAGUUUUCCUUUUGAUCCGGACAAUAUUUUCCAUUGACUAAUUUUCCUUAAUAUGGAUUAUAAUUAUGUAUUAAUUUACAAGAUAUAUUAGUACUUGUUAAAGCGCAGAGAUGCUGGAAUCCCUAGAAUAGUUUUAACACACCCAAUCUCAUACUGACAACUUUGAAUCCAACUUAUAAGUUUUGAGUCAAUUAUUAUGGAAUUAAAUGAACUUGAAUCUCCUUACUGUUUAAAACCUCAAAAUUGUCUCAUUUUACAACCAUGUAACUGAGUUCUAAGUGUAUAGAUUUGAAGACAAAACAUUGUUUUCUGUUGUUAUUAACUGGAUAAUUUAUUCACUUGAAACAAUAAGUCAGCUAAUUUAAUUGAUCUUGAUUGUUAUGGAAUUCUUU